AUGCCUCCAAACCAUCCGCCAUUCGGGUCUGGUUCAUUGGCCACCAUCAUAACGAGGGAAGAGCCUGAGUCCGACGAAGAAGAUCGGGGAGAAGAGAAUCAAGAUAAAGGACGAGAACGAACACUCUUGAGAAAGCUUGGUUUUUCAUUUUUCCUAUUUGGCCUGAUAAACAACGUACUCUACGUUAUAAUACUAUCUGCGGCGUUAGACCUUGUCCCUCCUGCGACACCCAAGGGAAUAAUCGCAUUUUGCAAUAUCGCUCCUUCACUUUUCGCCAAAAUCAGCUGGCCAUAUCUCCUCAAAGGUCGGAUCCGCUACACGAAACGCCUGCUUGGAUGCUGCUUGUUGAGUACUUUGGGUAUGUUGGUCGUUGCGCUUUUUGACAGCCUAUACAUGCGUUUGCUGGGAAUUGGAUUGGCCUCAUUUUCCUCAGGUCUGGGAGAAUUAACCUUUCUUCAAUUAUCAACGACAUAUGCACCUCCACCUGUAGCUGGCCAUAGCGUAGGAUACUUCGCAUCUGGUACUGGAGCAGCAGGGUUAGUUGGCGCCUUCCUUUGGUGGGAACUAAGAGGUCUAGGGGUGCGGACUGGAGUUGGUCUGUCAUCGGUAAUGCCAUGCAUAAUACCCAUCACCUACUUUUUCCUUCUCCCAAAUCCAUCAAUGUUCCUAUAUGCUGUCACUCCCGCGUUCGAAGAUACGAUGGAUCCUUCUGCGCCAGCCAUUUCCACACUUCCGUACACUCCUCUAGCUACUGCUGAAGACGAAGAUGGAGAGGAAGAAGGAACCUUACCUUCAGGCCCCAAGCGAGGCAUCGCUCUAUCGGCCAGUGACAAAUGGCGAUUAGCAAAACCCCUUCUGACCAAAUACAUGCUUCCGCUCUUCUGUGUAUACCUCGUGCGUAGCUUCCCUAACAACCGUGUGCUUGAACUCAUAGACGAUGACCGUAAAGGUAUAAGCCCAACCCUGCUUUAUCCUGUCCCUACCAGCGAGGGACAUUGGCUCCUGAGUAAAAUCAUUCAUUCCGUCCGAGAUUACUACCCACUUUGGCAGCUCGUAUACCAAGCAACCGUAUUCCUCUCACGAUCUUCAAUAUCGCUCGGACUGCCAGCUCUUCCGACUCAGCUCUUGCCUCUGCCGGCUAUCAUCCAGUUCAUACUUCUACUUCUCUUGGGAUAUGAAUCCGCGGUUGGGUUCUUUGGCGAUGAGCGGGAGUCUAUGAGUGUGUUCUUGGUGUUCCUCCUCGUUAGUUUAGAAGGUAUAUGCGGAGGUUUGGCCUAUGUCAACGUCUUUUACCGUAUUAACCACGAACCGCCUGACCCUACGACCAACAACGACAUUGAACAAACUCGUCAAGAACGCGAGUUCAAGAUUGGGUCCAUCGGAUUUUCGGAUGGCACAGGCAUACUCCUCGCCUCUAUUCUGGCGGUGCCUACGGAGAUUGAACUGUGUAAAGCGCAAGUAGGAAGAGGUAAACUGCUUUGCAAAGGAUUGUAG